AUGAAAUAUAGCAAAGAGAUAAUUUUCAUUAUUUAUUCGAUCUACCUUGCUAAUUACACAAACCAGGCUACCAUUACAGAUGACAAGCGAAAAGAACAAAGCACAUCCACCAUGUCAUCAACAAUUAUACCUAAACAUGAAUCAUUCCCCAAAAAAAAUUAUAGCAAAACAAAUGACAGUCACCCCAUUUCAUCAAUUAAUACAAACAUUUCUGAAGUAGCAAAGAAGAAACAAGAAAAUAUUACGCACUUUUCUCCAUCUCUCAACCAAUGCAAUGACCUUACUAUGCGCAAAGUGAUCAUGCAGAACAUUCACUCAAAUCCAUCGACAGCAAAACGACAAAUUCAAUUAGCAAUGCGUAAAAAGUUUAAUGGUUUCAUUGACACAAUCUGUUCCACUAAACCAUUCAAUUAUUUAAUAAAUUCAGAUUUGUACUGCGAAGUUCAACAACACAACAUUACGUGUUUAGUGUUUCGUCAAGCUUUUCGAUAA